GGUCGAGGCUCAUUCGCCGCAUGCGCUUCGUCUAGAACACCAGUUUCCACAUAACAUAGUCAAACCAGGUCGACAUCAUGAAGUUUCUGCUGGCCUUCACCGGCCUUCUAGCCGUGGGUUUCGCUACUAACCCACCAUCCACGACGAAAGUCGUCUGUUAUUAUGACAGCAAGAGUUACGUCAGAGAAUUUGAAGGAUGUAUUUAUCCAGCACAAGCUCGUAUGCUGCCAAAUGACUUGGACCCUGCGUUAUCUUUCUGCUCCCAUCUGGUGUAUGGAUAUGCUGGUAUCCAGCCGGACACUUACAAGUUGGUUCCACUCAAUGAAAACCUGGACAUCGAUCGCUCUCAUGACAACUACCGAACCAUCACUAAUUUGGCACACAAGUAUCCUAACCUGAAAGCUCUUCUGUCGGUUGGUGGUGAUGCAGAUAAUGACGACGCUAAUAAAUAUAACCUUUUGUUGGAGUCUGCCCAAGCUCGUACGGCGUUUGUAAACUCUGGUGUAUUACUCGCUCAACAGUAUGGUUUUGAUGGUAUUGAUUUAGCUUGGCAGUUUCCUAGGAUCAAGCCUAAGAAAGUACGUUCGACCCUAGGAUCUGUAUGGCACAGUUUUAAGAAAGCUUUUGGAACUACCCCGGUUGAUGAUAAGGAAACCGAACAUCGUGAAGGCUUUACAGCCCUUGUACGUGAAUUGAAACAAGCAUUGAAUGCUGUCAGACCAAACAUGCAAUUAUCGGUCACAAUCUUACCAAAUGUGAACUCUUCAGUGUACAUCGAUGUGCCAUCCAUUAUCAACCUGGUUGAUUUCAUCAACAUAGACGCCUUUGACUAUUACACACCUGCUCGCAACCCCAAAGAAGCUGAUUACGCCUCACCUACUUACACCCCUCAGAACCGCAACCCUCUAUUGAAUGUCGAUGCUGCAGUUACUUACUUUUUACAGAACAGCGCUCCAACUGGAAAGAUAGUUGUGGGUGUUUCCACAAUUGGUCGUACAUGGAAAUUAGACUCUGACAGCGAAAUCGCUGGGGUACCACCUCUACAUGCUGACGGGCCUGGAGAAGCAGGACCCUACACCAAGACUGAAGGCUUGCUGAGUUACCCAGAAGUUUGUGCUAAACUCAUCAAUCCCAACCACCAGAAAGGCAUGCGCCCUCAUUUGCGUAAAGUGACUGAUCCAAGCGAAAGAUUUGGUACAUAUGCUUUCCGUCUUCCUGACGAUAGUGGCGAAGGUGGUCUUUGGGUUACCUAUGAGGAUCCAGACACAGCUGGAAAGAAGGCCAACUACGUUAAAACUAAGAGACUGGGAGGUAUUUCAAUUGUGGAUCUGUCAAUGGAUGAUUUCCGCGGUCUUUGCAAUGGCGAAAAGUAUCCAAUACUUCGUGCUGCUAAAUAUCGAUUACAAUAAAUUUUCAACAUUAAAUAUUUCUUUUGAUAAGUUAUAAAUGUUAUAUGAUAAACAAUAAUAACCAUUAAUGUCGAGUGUACUAUAAUAAAUUACAUUGUAAUGUUUUAUAUCAUUACAAUUGUCUUUUAAUUUUUACAUACACUCUACAAGUAAUGAAACACACAUUAAUUCUUAAUUGUAUCCAAAUAAAUGUUACUUAUAUUUACUAUUGAGAUUUUGAGAAGCCAGACGCUAGGUUAUUUCAUGCGUAUAUAUUAUUUAUUAUAGUUGUGUUUUUCUUUGUCAGAACUGAACAGAUUAAAGAAUGUGUAUGCUUGA